AGAGAAAGAGAACCCAUAGCGCAGAACGGGGGCACUCCAGGACCGGGUUUCGGCUCCAUUUGUUCAGAGGUGUCUUCGCAGCGCUCUCUAGCGGACGCGCAUGUCAGUGCGCAGGCGCGCGGCCAGCAUCGAGGCACUGCCCCCUUUUGUGUUUUUUUUUCUUCUCGCGAGCCAGAGCCGCAUUCCAGCCCGUGCAUUACGGCGGGGAGCCGAGCUAGCACGCGCUCGCCACGGCGGAUACGCUCUCGAGGUUUUUUUUUUGGUGGACAUUAAAAAAAAAAAAAAAAAAAAUUUUAAUAAAGCUAUGGCGAGGACGUGUACCCCGAGGGUCACCUGAAAGCAAAGUUUCGUGGAUGGAGAAUUGUUACAUGUGAUGCACUAAAUGACCGUUUGGAGAAGAGGAGGAAAAACAGCAUUGGAUCAAUAAAAGCUGCGCACUUUGGAUAUAUUUAUAUUUAUUAAACGUGAAGCGGUAGUCUAUUGGAGACUGACACAGAGUCCAAUCAAGCCCCGUGUGGAAUAGAGGUGAAAUGUGGUCUCAGCCAGGGGCACAUUGUGCCCUCAUUAUGCUGCUUACCCUCUCCUUUGUGUGUUUACCUAGUGGAAAAGCCACAGAGCCCUUCCAAACUUUCUCCCCAUCAGAAUGGGGCUUGACGCACUUAGCCAUUCAUAAUGCCACUGGUGAGGUGUAUGUCGGUGCUGUUAACUGGAUCUACAAGCUUUCGAGCAACCUGACCAUGCUGCGGAAUCACAUGACUGGCCCAGUAGUGGACAACGAGAAGUGCUACCCUCCUCCAAGUGUCCAGUCCUGCCCCCAUGAGCUGGCUCAAAUUAACAAUGUCAACAAACUGCUGCUGGUGGAUUAUGGUCAGAACCGACUCAUUGCUUGUGGAAGUGCUUCUCAAGGUAUUUGCCAGUUCUUGCGCCUGGACGACCUUUUCAAACUGGGUGAACCUCACCAUCGCAAGGAGCACUAUCUCUCCAGUGUGGCCGAGUCAGGGACCAUGUCCGGGGUCAUCAUCUCUGAAGGUACUCUCAGCAAGCUCUUCAUCGGAACUCCUAUCGACGGCAAAUCCGAAUACUUCCCGACCCUUUCGAGCCGCAAGCUAAUGGCCAACGAAGAGAACGCGGACAUGUUCAGCUUUGUCUACCAGGAUGAGUUUGUCUCCUCGCAGCUCAAGAUCCCUUCAGACACACUGUCCAAGUUUCCGGCGUUUGACAUCUACUACAUCUACGGCUUCAGCAGCGAGCAGUUUGUGUACUACCUUACUCUGCAGCUGGACACCCAACUGACCUCACCAGACGCCAGCGGAGAGCAGUUCUUCACUUCCAAAAUCGUCCGGCUUUGUGUUGACGACCCAAAGUUUUACUCCUAUGUCGAGUUCCCGAUCGGUUGUACCAAGGAUGGGGUGGAAUAUCGCCUGAUCCAGGAUGCCUACCUGACCAAGCCAGGCAGACAGUUGGCUAACUCACUGGGGGUGUCUGAGAAUGAGGACAUCCUGUUCACAGUCUUUUCUCAGGGCCAGAAAAACCGGGCCAAGCCCCCGAAAGAGUCGGCAUUGUGCCUCUUCACACUGCGACGCAUUAAAGAAAAGAUCAAAGAGCGGAUCCAGUCCUGCUACAGAGGAGAAGGCAAAUUGUCUCUGCCUUGGCUACUGAACAAGGAACUCGCAUGCAUCAACUCGCCCCUACAGAUUGAUGAUAAUUUCUGCGGGCAGGAUUUCAACCAGCCUCUGGGCGGCACCAGCACCAUAGAGGGCAUUCCGCUAUUCAUAGACAAGGACGACGGGAUGACCUCAGUGGCCGCGUACGAUUAUCGUGGCAACACCGUGGUGUUCUCGGGCACGCGCUCUGGCCGUCUGAAGAAGAUCCUGAUCAACUCUGUGAGUUCCUACAGACCUGCACAGCUAUAUGAGAAUGUGGUGGUAGGAGAGGGCAGCCCCAUCCUGAGAGACCUGCUCUUCAGCCCUGACCAACACUACAUCUACACACUCACCGACAAACAGGUGAAGCGUGUUCCUGUAGAGAGCUGCGAUCAGUACACUACGUGUUCCGAGUGUCUGGGCUCCAGAGAUCCUCAUUGCGGCUGGUGUGUCCUGCUCAACGUAUGCUCUCGUAAGGAUCGAUGCGAAAGGGCAGAUGAAUCCUCGCGCUUCGCCACCAGAGUGGACCAGUGCGUCGACUUAACCGUUCAACCCAACAACAUCUCUGUGACCAUGUCCGAAGUCCAGUUGGUUCUCCAGGCACGAAAUGUUCCGGACCUGUCCGCAGGCGUGAACUGCUCCUUUGAAGACUACACUGAGACUGAAGCCAGGAUACAGGGAAGCCGUAUCUACUGCCUCUCCCCCACCACUAAAGAGCUCAUUCCCAUCACUCGCCACCAAGGUGAUAAACGUGUGGUGAAGCUCUACCUGAAAUCCAAAGAAACCGGAAAGAAGUUUGCCAGCGUGGAUUUCGUGUUCUACAACUGCACCGUCCACAAAUCCUGCCUGUCCUGUGUGAACGGCUCUUUCCCGUGUCACUGGUGCAAAUAUCGCCACUUGUGCACGCAGAAUGCGAACGAGUGCUCGUUCCAGGAAGGCCGGGUCAAUAUGUCUGAGGAUUGUCCUCAGAUCCUGCCCUCGACUCAGAUCUACAUCCCGGUGGGAGUGACGAAGCCCAUCACUCUAGCUGCCCGGAACCUUCCUCAACCGCAGUCAGGCCAGAGGAACUACGAGUGUAUCUUCCACAUCCAGGGAGAGACCCUCAGUGUCACGGCCCUGCGCUUCAACAGCUCCAGCAUCCAGUGCCAGAAAACCAUUUAUAAUUACGACGGAAAUGACAUCAGCGACCUGCCAGUGGAUCUUUCAGUGGUUUGGAAUGGAAACUUCAUCAUUGACAACCCCUACAAUAUAAAAGCUCACCUGUAUAAGUGCUACGCUCUGAGGGAGAGCUGUGGCAUGUGCUUGAAGGCAGAUCCACGCUUCGAAUGUGGCUGGUGCGUGCAAGACAAGAAGUGCUCGCUCAGGCAGGAGUGCGCUUCGCCCGAACACACAUGGAUGCACGCGUCAACCGGCAACAGCCGCUGCACACACCCUCGCAUCACCAAGUUGUUUCCGGAGACGGGCCCACGCCAGGGAGGCACCCAGCUCACCAUCACCGGGGAGAACCUGGGCCUGCAGUUCCGCGACAUCCAGAACGGCAUCCGCAUCGGGAAGGUGGCCUGCCAGCCAAUCGAGGAGGAGUACAUCAGUGCCGAACAGAUCGUGUGUCGGGUAGCAGACGCUACGGGCUACCGUGUGCAAGAGGCUCAGGUGGAGGUGUGCGUGCGAGACUGUCAGCCCGAGUACAGAGCUGUCUCCCCUAAAGCUUUCACAUUCGUGUCUCCGUACUUCACACGGGUCAUCCCCUCCCGUGGGCCGUUCUCUGGCGGUACAAAGAUAACGAUCCACGGCAGCCACCUAAACGCCGGCAGCACCGUGUCCGUCAAAAUCGGCCUGAAUACCUGCCGCUUCGAGAGGCGCAGCGCGAGAGAGAUUGUAUGUGUAACUCCAGCGGGUUUGGCGAUCGGCGGCACUCCGGUGAUGGUGGACAUUAACUUUGCUGAGCUGAGGAACCCUGAGGUGAAGUUCAACUACACGGACGACCCGACAAUAUUGAAGAUCGAACCCAACUGGAGCAUUACCAGUGGUGGGACUCCGCUGACUGUCACUGGAACUAACCUUGCCACUGUGAAAGAGCCCAAGAUGAGAGCAAAGUCUGGUGCAAUCAAGUCGGUUAAUAACUGUACGGUGGUCAAUAACACAGUGAUGGUAUGCCUGGCGCCCUCAGUGGCAGGUUCAGACUCCGAGAGAAGCGUAUCGGAGGUGGGCACCAGUCCAGAUGAGAUCGGCUUUAUUAUGGAUAACGUCUACACGCUGCUGGUGGUCAAUGAGAGCUUCACCUAUUAUCCCGACCCUGUGUUUGAACCCCUCCCUCCAACCAUGCUGGAGCUCAAGCCAGGUUCACCUCUCAUUCUCAAGGGGAAGAACUUGAUCCCGGCGGCUCCUGGUAACGCCAGGCUGAACUACACCGUUCUGAUCGGAGAAGAGCCAUGCGUGUUGACCGUGUCUGAAGCUCAGCUCCUGUGUGAAUGGCCUGACCUCACUGGCCAGCACAAAGUCACCGUGCGUGUUGGAGGGUUCGAAUACUCCCCCGGUACGCUGCAGAUCUAUUCGGACAGUCUGCUCACCCUGCCCGCCAUCAUCGGCAUCGGGGCUGGUGGAGGCCUGCUGCUGCUCAUCAUCAUCAUCGUCCUCAUCGCAUACAAGCGCAAGUCCCGCGACGCCGACCGCACACUCAAGCGCCUGCAGCUGCAGAUGGACAACCUGGAGUCCAGAGUGGCAAUCGAGUGCAAAGAGGCAUUCGCAGAGCUGCAGACCGACAUCCACGAGCUGACCCAAGAGCUAGACGGAGCGGGAAUUCCGUUCCUGGACUACCGGACCUACGCUAUGAGAGUGCUCUUCCCUGGCAUUGAAGAUCAUCCUGUGUUAAAGGAGAUGGAGGUGCCGGCUAACGUGGAGAAGGCCCUGACGCUGUUCGGGCAGCUCCUGAACAAGAAGCACUUCCUGCUGACGUUUAUUCGCACGCUCGAGGCCCAGCGCUCGUUCUCAAUGCGCGACAGAGGCAACGUGGCCUCGCUCAUCAUGAGCGCUCUGCAGGGGGAGAUGGAGUAUGCUACGGGAGUCCUCAAGCAGCUGCUCUCUGACCUCAUCGACAAAAACCUGGAGAGCAAGAACCAUCCCAAACUGUUGCUCCGCAGGACGGAAUCUGUAGCUGAGAAAAUGCUGACAAACUGGUUCACUUUCCUGCUGUACAAGUUCCUGAAGGAGUGUGCAGGAGAACCUCUCUUCAUGCUCUACUGUGCAAUGAAGCAGCAGAUGGAGAAAGGGCCGAUAGAUGCCAUCACAGGAGAGGCGCGCUACUCCCUGAGUGAAGACAAACUGAUCAGACAGCAGAUCGACUAUAAGACCCUGACACUGCACUGCGUCAACCCAGAGAACGAGAACGCAUCGGAGGUCACGGUCAAAUGCCUGAACUGUGACACCAUCACUCAGGUGAAGGAGAAGCUGCUGGACGCAGUGUAUAAGGGCAGUCCAUAUUCUCAGAGACCCAAAGCAGGAGACAUGGAUCUGGAAUGGCGUCAGGGCCGAAUGGCUAGAAUCAUCCUCCAGGACGAAGACGUCACCACCAAGAUCGAUAAUGACUGGAAGCGCCUGAACACGCUCGCUCACUACCAGGUUACAGAUGGCUCAGUUAUGGCUCUGGUUCCUAAGCAAAACUCUGCAUAUAACAUCUCUAACUCCUCUACGUUUACCAAGUCCCUCAGCAGAUACGAGAGCAUGUUGAGGACAGCCAGCAGUCCUGACAGUCUGCGCUCACGCACCCCCAUGAUCACUCCGGACCUGGAGAGUGGAACCAAACUCUGGCAUCUGGUCAAGAACCACGACCACUCGGACCAGAGGGAGGGAGACCGCGGCAGCAAGAUGGUCUCAGAGAUCUACUUGACCCGCCUGCUUGCGACCAAGGGCACAUUACAGAAGUUUGUAGAUGACCUGUUUGAGACCAUCUUCAGCACGGCCCAUCGAGGCAGCGCACUCCCACUUGCUAUCAAAUACAUGUUCGACUUCCUGGACGAGCAGGCCGACAAACACCAGAUAACAGAUCCAGACGUCAGACACACGUGGAAAAGUAACUGUUUGCCGUUGAGGUUCUGGGUGAAUGUGAUCAAGAAUCCUCAGUUUGUCUUUGACAUCCAUAAGAACAGCAUCACAGACGCGUGUCUGUCUGUAGUAGCUCAGACCUUCAUGGACUCGUGCUCUACGUCAGAACACAAGCUGGGCAAAGACUCGCCCUCGAACAAGUUGCUCUACGCUAAGGACAUCCCCAACUACAAGAACUGGGUUGAGAGAUAUUAUUCUGAUAUCUCUCGGAUGCCAGCGAUCAGUGAUCAGGAUAUGAGUGCGUAUUUGGCAGAGCAGUCUCGCCUUCACUUGAACCAGUUCAACAGCAUGAGCGCCCUGCACGAGAUCUACUCCUAUAUCACCAAGUACAAAGACGAAAUCCUGUGUGCGUUGGAGCGGGACGAGCAGGCACGCAGGCAGAGGUUGAGGAGUAAGCUUGAGCAGGUGAUUGACACCAUGGCUCUGAGCAGCUGAUCGGGGCUCCGAGCAUUCGCGACACACAAACUGAAGUCACACACUCCCCUCCCCGAAACACACACUGCAAAGAACUGGCGCAGUACACUGGAGCUACUACAGAGCUGGGCGCACACUUCUCUGUGUGUGUGUGUGUGUGUGUGUGUGUGCGCUAGUGCGAGUGUGUGUCAACACAAGGACUCAUCACAGAAAACAUUUUGAUUGUUGUCAUUGGUGUAUAACCUUUUUAAUUAUCAUUUUGUUGUGAAUUUUGUGUGCUGGACCUCUUCACACAUAGAUACACACACACAAACACACACACACACACACACACGUACGUUUUGCCCAUCACUUUUUGAAAACUCAAGAAGGAUGAAUUCUGGGAUGCCUACACUCCAACCAUUGGUCAGUGGUGUCGUGACACCUCCCCAAGGGUUCACGUGGAAGAAAAUGGACAUUUAGGAUUUGUGUGAUUUUUGUUGUUAAUUCUUUUAUUUUUUUUGUGUUGUACAAAAAGAAAAAAGUAACGGACUGCCCUCUCUCUGCUCUCUUUGCCACUCGUGUUACUGCUGAAUUUGCACAGUUUACAGAAGAAGAAAAAAAACAGUACAAAGGACAAAUCUUCAGAUAUUAUAUAUGUAUAUAAAUACUGUUACAUUUUCAGCCAAGUGAAAUCUACCAUUGAGAGUUUUUUUGAUAUGUUAUCACUGAAACACAACUAGAGUCGAACAAAGAUGAAAUUAGAUAUUUAAGCAAGAGAAAAAAAAAAUUUACAUAGGAAAGAAAAAAAAGAAAAAAAGAAAAUGAAUAAAAUGUUGUCCUGUGCCAUGUUUUAUUUGAAUGUCGUUUAGUGAAAAGACAUUUUGUUACAUGGGAAUGUGCUAUGAUUUUGUUUUUUAAAUAUGAUCUUUGCCUGAUGACUGAAGAAAAAAAAAAUGUUUGGAGUAGAUAAAUAGUGCAGGUAAGCUAGAAUUUUCCCGCGUUUAGAAGUCGAAGAGCUCGCUCUCGGGCUCGGUAAACCAAAUGCACUCGUUUCCCUCCGUUCACCAUGGUGUGUGUGUGUGAGGCUGCCACUCUCGCGAGUUUUCUUCCUCCUCGUGCACGGCGCAUGUAGAAGGGGGAGAGCAGUAGAUUUACACAAGCUCCUUUUUCUCUUGGCCUCUUGUACGAUAGAGAGAGAGAAAGAGGUGAAGCUCUUGAUUCGUCACUGCUUCAAAUUCGGAUCAGUGAGAGAGGGUGAGCGAGUGAGGGAAGGAUGAAGGAAAGGAUAGAGACUGAUAGAAAGAGGAGCUUUAGCCUCAGCUCAUUAAUGAGACAGGGCUAAGUAAUCCUGUUACCCUCUGGCCUGACGCCUCCAGUGUGUGUGUUUGAUUUAGCCUGCUUCUUUAUAGAUGAUCUUUCUAAUCUCGUAUGAGACGUGUUCUCCGACGAGAGGCUAUCUCUUAAAGUGUUGCCCUGCCCCCCCCCCAAAUUCUUGCUUUAAUUUGCUUGCCUAAAAAAACCAAACUGUGAUCUGUGGUGGAUUUGAUUUGGUGUUUCAAUUUUGUAUUGCAACAUUUUUGUUCUCCCACUUUUGAAUGUGGUUUACCAUUGUACCUGAACAGCUGUGGUUUUUGCUCAUCGUUUCUCUCCAUCACAUGUACAUGGGCGGUGCUGUGUGAGGUACGACUAUCCUAAUUUAUGUGAAUACAAAACACACCCAAAAAAAAAAAAAGCCCACAUCCCAGCCAUUCCCUGAUCGUGUGCCUGUACCCGCUGAGAGAGAUCAUGUGAUGUGUUAUGCUUUUUUUUUUUUUUUUUUGCUGGAAAUCUUUUCGAUGGGACAAUGAAUUUCUGUUCGUGUUUCGAAUUUAACUUUUGCUUAUGUACUGGUGUUGUCUUCUAAUUUAUUUCUUUUCUAUUCCUGAACAAGUCAAACUAAGGUACCAUCAGGUUUCUCGAAUAUUCAGUAGAUACUUUCUUUUUUUGUGAGGAAAAAAAAAAGUUUCUUUGGACCAAACCAUCAGUAAAACCCAGGUUCAAACAGGGUAGUUUUCUGCCCAGAGCACGUCAAGCCCUGACUCGAGUGCGAGGGCAAGCUGUCAGCGCUGGUUAGCCGGCCAAUGUCCGCUAGUUUUGACACCUUCAUCCAUUUUUAACCAAGGUGAGCAUGUGGAGAGAUAGAUAGAGAGAGAGAAAGACAGAGGGAGAAAACCGCUUACCUCACAGAUGUGGCCACGCACUGGGCUGUGUGUGUGCAUGUGUGUGGUUCCUUUUUUGUUAAUAGGCCAGUAUCUUCACCCUGCCGUAAGAUCUGGCCUAAUGGAAAUAAAUUAGCUUUGUGCAAGGAGGCCUGAAGUCGUUCUACUAACCGCUAGCUGAUGAGCUAUCAGACUUAUGUAAUCAAAUGAAUUUUACAUUAGUCUACAUAGAGCUGCACAGCUCGGUCAGCGCUCCUCACUCAGCCUGGGCGAAUUGAGAUUCUGUACAGCUGUGGUGAGCCUCGAAGGGAAACAAAAAACAAUGGUUCAUGUUUUGAGCCAUGUUGGGCUACGUGUUGUUCUGAUGAUGGUGUAAAGAUGCAUCCAAACAUCUCAGGAUCUCCCUUUAGUCUCCCGUGUUGGUGUCGCCUCUUGGCUGUACGUAGUCGCAGACGAGCGAAAGUUAGAUAAGUUUUCCAAACUUUUCCGUCUUGUGUGAGUAAGAGGCACGCAACACGGACUUUUGGGAGCGUUUUAUGUUUACUUCCACAUUGUGCACCCUGUGUAGAGAUCAAUGGAGCAAUCCUUUCUUUUUCUCUCACCGCUCAUAAAAUGGGUGAUGGUAAUAGCGGUGAGUUUUCAGCUGGGGAAAGAAAGCGAGUGUGCACUCACUCCUUCAGACUGCUUUCAUAUAAAAGCUCCUCUCGAGUGGGUGCUGCUGCUCCUGACCACCCCCACUUUCCCUCCUUCCUGUGUCCAUUCUGUCUUCCUCCUCCUAUGAUUCGUUUUUUUGCAGCACACUUCUUUCUUGACUUCCUCCUACCGCAAGUCUUUCCAUCCAUCACAGCACUUCUCUGCUCCAGUGCUGCCUUCAUCUUUGAUGCCAUUCCUUGCCUUUACUCGUCACAAUUCCCAGCUAUCUCACAUCUCAACUCUUCCUCGGUUCUUUUUUAUCCUUCUCCAUAGCAGUAGCUGUCCUUUUCAGCCGGCCCCAAAACGCCCUACGGCUCGAAUGAAGUACUAGUAAAUGAAACGCAGGAAGUCACAUCAGUUGUGUUUUAAUGCUAUGAUAAACUAGGUGAAUUAUUAUUUUUAUUUUAUUUUUUUCCAGAAUUUUAGACUUGAAGUAAUUGUCACACGUUGGCCGGUAAGCAUCCAUUGUGUAAAUAUUAUGUUGUUUCCUAUUUUGCAGAUUUACUACUUGUAAAUAAACAUACAUCAAGAUGAAAUUAAACAGUUUUUGCUAAAUAA